ACGAAUGCUGUGCUCAGUACUAGUAGCUGUGAAAGACGAGCGGAGGCGCGGGUGUAUAUAAUCGCCAGAUGAUAACAGCCACACAAAGGAAAGUAGGGUUUGUCGUCGUAACUAAGAGUUGCAUGGUAAUACCCAGUCAUCAGCGAACAGUCAAGGAGUUUGGAAGCAGCGAAAGUAUAAAGCCAACGCCAGAUCAUUACUUGCCAAGGACUUAGGUCAGAGUUACUAGUACGUUUAAAGGUGAAGUCAAGCGCACCACGGGUAACAUCUAAGUUGCUGAUGUGAAGUUUCGCUAUCUCACCUACACCUAGCUAAGGAGAUCGAGAGGAGCGUGCAUGUUCUCAGAGAGGUAGAAGCUACCCCACACUAAGCCAGCAUUGCGCCGACAUCGCGAACUUCCGGCUUCUGAUCUCCAGUUCGGCUCCAUCGUAUGAAAGCUGCGAAGAUCUUCAACAACAACGGAGCAGAGUCACCUGCUAUUACUAGUGGCAACAGGCUGACGUCGGGCUCCACAAGCACAGCCCGGGUGCCUUCUCAUCCUCGUCUCUAUCGCGUUGGUCUCAGCCAGAGUCGUGAGCCGAGCAGACAGGAAGAAAGAUGAUGCAACCGGAUGAGAGGGAGCUGUUGAUUGGCGAUGUGGAAAGGCCAGAGACACAAGCGGAGAAGACAAGCUUUCUCGACAAAUGGAAAGAAGCUGCCACCCAGAAAGCAUUCGAGUGGUCAAGCAACAUCCUAAGCCACAUGGUCCACCACGAUACGGUGAAAGUGAAGCUUGUCGACGAGUCCUGCCUGGAGCAUGGCUGUCACAUUGCCAUGCCCAAAACUCUUAGCAUGAUGGUCGGCUGCUCGGUGCCUCCCAGCUUACAGGACAGGAUCAUGCUAUUCCAUCAUGGUAUCGUAAUACGCAAUGGUAGCAGUGUCUACGUCAUCUCCUACACAGACCCAGGCGAUGAUUAUGAACCGGAUCACCAACUACUGGGCACAGGUAGUGAGCAGGGCGGCAUCGAAGAGACCGACGGCGACAUAUUCGGCGACUGGAGGCGGCAGCUGACGUACAAGAAGCGCGAGGGCCUCAUCAAGCUGCUGAACCGCUCGGUGGUGCGGCCCGAGAGGUACUGCAUCAUCGUGCAGCCGCUGAGCGAGUUUUCGUACCAGGGUAAGUAUAUCCAGUACAACUACGGUGGCGGGGAUGCGGAGUACCCGGACGGCGCAACGCUCAGCUUGGUCAACCCGUGCCGACCGGAGAUGGAACGAAAAAAUGCAGCCGCCGUGGCCCGGUUCUUCCUGAAGCACCCGCAGGCAUUCGGUCACUACAGCAUGUGCGACUGGAACUGCGAGAAUUUCGCGACAUUCGCACGCACCACCACACUGACGGCAGCGGAAUUGGAGGCGAAGUUCGCCGAACUGCAGCGCAGCGGACGCACAGCGUUCAGCCAGGCGUACCUGGAGGAGAAUAGCGAAACAUCAUCACGAGGCAUUACCCGCUACCUGGAGCAAGGACUCAAAGUGAUCUUCACCAUUGUCGAGAUUGACCUGCAGCACGACUGCAGUCCGCCGUCGUCACACCCGUCGUCAUCGUCUGAAGAGGAGGACAGCGAGGGCAGUGAGAGCAGCCAGGGAAGUACCCCAUUGCCCAGCGACACGGACGACAGCUGCGACGAAACACCCCUGUGAUUGAAUGCACCGGGCUGGGCAGCCUGAGAGGAUCAUACAAAGGUUCAACCGACUGCACUGCCGUUGUUACGCUGCUGCUGUUUGGUGUAAGCAGGUGCACACACCACAGGGGUAGCUACACACGCAUGCAAACAUUGGACUUCAAGUUCCAAGGCAGUAUCGUAUUGAGCCAAUCGAACGCACUACAUGUCUCUGAUCUCAUCACUGUGCCCAUCUAUGCACAAGGAGCACGCAAAAUAACUGAUUCUUACAGUAUCAGCAGCACCGACAGGAGAUGUAGCCAUUCCUGCGACUUGACAAGGAGCCUAAUAUAUAACCUCACCCUCUGCAGGACCCCCCCUGCCCUGCAGGACAUGUUUAUUACCCGAGCUUCUGCAGUACACCCCCCCCCCCCCCUCCCCUUGCCCCACAGGAUAUGUUACCCUAGCCUCUGCAGUACCCCGCCCCCCCCCCCCUUCCCCUGCACUUGAAGUAUGGCUUUGAACAGCGAGCAGGGGCACUGACGCAUGAGCUCAUGGCUGUACUCAGUGUACUGACCACUGUCUACAUGUGCGUUUACUAGUACCCAUACGACCAGCAUAACAUUGAGCAAGAACUGGUACUACAACUUUAAUGCACUGCCGCUCUUUGAUCCCCAAUCUUCACAACAACUCAUACUGCAUCAUGCCAACUAGGAUCACCGUUUUAGUUUUUUAGUUUUUUUUUUAGUUUUUUUUUAGUUUUUUUUACUUCUCAUACCAAUAUUGUCUGUCGACUGAGCAGCAUGCAGUCCACCAAUGUGACCAUGUGUCAUUACUAGCCGCAGAUAGAACACUGUGCUCGUACAUGCAAGCAUAGUAUUGCAUACAGUGCACUCACAGCAUACUUGAGUAUAAUUAUUAUGAUAUUGACUCUCAAGAGUCAACUCUCCUUUGUGUUUUCAUCGAUUCACCGUGGCUGCUCUACAGAGCUUCAAAGGACUUCUAGUCAUGUCAAAUUAUCCUGCAUAUUUCAACAUAGUGAUGUUUGACAAGAUAAUUUUUUUAAUUGAUUACGAAAGUGAGGUUCGAGUUCAUUAUUCAUUUUAAUUUCAAACUACAAGUAAAAAUUCUUAUUCUCUAGCAAUUCCAACAUCAAUAUCCACUCAUUAUAUUGGAUACCUAUGAGCAGAUGGAAGUUGUAAAAACAAGUUCAGUAUUAACAGAA